AAAAAAUACUACUUGUAGAAGAAGGAACUACUACAAGGCAGCCAAAAAUAUAGGCAUGCAAAUAGAAUGUGGUGGUAGUAUGUAUGGUACCAGCUGUAAGUUAUAUUUGAAGUGUUUCCCUAAUCCUCUCAACACGUAUCAACCCAUCUCUCAUUAUCUGUCCUCCACCGCUAUUCAUGCAUCAUCCCUCUCAUGCACGCCGCAGAUAUAAAACCACAUUCCACUCCACAACAUUUCCAGACAUAAACAUCGUACAUCUUCAAUUCUCUGUUGAAUAUUAUUAGUGUGUAAUAAUUAUAAUGAGCCAGCAACAAGCCAGAAGGCCGGAGAGCGGUGACCAAGAGCCCAUCAAGUAUGGAGACGUGUUUGACGUCUCCGGCCAACUCGCAGCCAAACCUAUAACCCAGCAAGACGCCGCCGCCAUGCAGUCCGCCGAGAACACCGCGUUUGGCCAGACGAUUAAGGGCGGCCCCGCCGCUGUCAUGCAAUCAGCAGCCGCGCGUAAUGUCAGGAAUGCCCGCGUUGACCCCGACAACGUCACCGACGUUGUCAGAGAACAGGGCGUUUCUGUUAAAGAAGAUGAUAUUGCCGGCCGCCGUUUCGUCACUGAAGCCAUCGGUGGAGAUGUUGUGGGGAAAUAUAUACGACCACCUGCGGAGGAGAAGACGCCGCCGCCGCCGCCACCCCCGGCGGCGGGUGUUGUGAGCGAUGAUAUAACCAUCGGAGAAGCCCUAGAGGCGACUGCAAUUUCCGCCGGGGACAAGCCCGUCGGCAAAAGCGACGCCGCCGCAAUACAGGCUGCGGAAGUCAGAGCUACCGGCUUAGGACAUAUUCUGCCGGGAGGAGUAGGAGCCGACGCCCAACGCGCCGCAGAAAUCAACGCUAGAACUACAACAGAUGAGUUCAAAACAAAGAUCGGCGAUGUCCUCACGGAUGCGAGUUCGAAGCUGACGGAUGAUAAGCCCGUGACGGUGGAAGAUGCUGCCGGAGUUGUGAACGCCGAAGCAAGAAACAAAGAAGACCACGCCACACACCCGGCUGGUGUGGCGGCUUCCAUGGCGGCGGCCGCCGCACUCAAUCAAGAAACCGCCUUUAAUAUCACCGUGUAAUGCUGCUAGUAACCUCCCUACGUACUACUAUAACUACCGACAUAUGCAUGCCUAUAUAUGUACGUGUGUACCAGAAGUUUGUUUGUUUGUUUUUUUUUUUUUUUUUUUUUUUUUGUGUUAAAAGUUAAAACCUACGGAGUAGUAAAUAUCCGUCAAAGUCAAUCUUCCAAACCUUAUAAGCUUUGACUAUGCAAUAUAAGCGUGUAAUUAAUAUAAAUAUAUA